AUGGCAGACACUGGGAUAUUUGCACCGGCCUGGCAGGAGUUUGAGAUAGAGCUUGGCCGCAGACCAGCACUCUAUGGCCCAACGGUGGAUGACCUCGUCAGAGGCUAUAAUGAGCUCGGGGAAGUCCUGGCCUCCAAGCUUACGUUUCCUGCGCCUGACCUUUCGGUGAAAACGGAAGAUAGAAAGCUCUCUCCAGACCUUACCGUCAGAAUCUACACUCCGCCCAGUUACACCGGCGGAAAGCCAGCAGGAUUGUUCAUUCACGGCGGAGGCUGGGUAUUCGGUGAUCUAGAAUCAGAAGAUGGAUUUGCCCGGACAGUGGCAAAGGAUACCGGUCUUGUCCUCGUGUCAGUGGACUACCGCCUUGCACCGAAGCACAAGUACCCAGCUGCCUUGGACGACUGCUUGAUUGCAUAUCACUGGAUUAUGGAGAACUCGGCUUACUUGAACACCACUCCUGGGAAGAUUUUCACCAUUGGCGGUUCCGCUGGUGGCUGUCUUUCGCUAGCAGUCGCUCUCAAGUUGAUUGAUGAUGGGCUGGGGCACUCAGUGAAGGGCGUUGUGGCUCUUGCUCCCGUUACUAUUCACCCAGAUGCCUGUCCGCAAGAGUUGAAGUCAUCGCACACAGCUUAUGACGAGAACGCUGACUUAAACAUCAACACAAGUUCGGCAAUGAGGGCAUUCUUCGAUGCUUACGGCGCACCACCGACUGAUCCAUAUGUUUCGCCGCUAUUACAUGCGAGGAUAAAGGAUCUACCAAAGACCUACAUUGCCAUCUGCGAUAGAGACACCCUGAGAGAUGACGGUCGUCUUCUCAAGAAGGCACUCCAUGAUGCUGGUGCCGAACAAGUUUGA